GAAUUAUGUAUAAAAGGCAGGUCUAGGCAGGGCAAGCACUGGACAGGGAUUGGCUGGAGGAGCUGUAAUUCAGUCGUUUCCGGAGCUGCAGCGGCGAGACUGGGAGGAGGAGCCUGGGGUUCCGACGUCGCCGCGGAGGGAGCGAGCCCGAACCGGAUCUUUGACUAGCACCCCAAUUUGGUGUUUUCUCUCCCCAUUUUCCGGCAAGGGCUCAGCGACCUGAGGGAGCCCGGCGCCCACACCCAGACCUAAGCGCAGCCCCGGCCAUUCGGGCCUCAGCCGGAGAAACAGUUGGGAACCCGGAUUCCAGCAGGAUGGCCCAAUGGAAUCAGCUACAGCAGCUCGACACACGGUACUUAGAGCAACUGCAUCAACUGUACAGUGACAGCUUCCCGAUGGAACUACGACAAUUUCUGGCCCCUUGGAUCGAGAGUCAAGAUUGGGCAUAUGCUGCCAGCAAAGAAUCACAUGCCACUUUGGUGUUUCAUAAUCUCUUGGGUGAGAUUGACCAGCAAUACAGCCGCUUUCUACAAGAAUCAAACGUUCUCUAUCAGCACAAUCUGCGAAGAAUCAAGCAGUUCCUUCAGAGCAGAUACCUGGAGAAACCAAUGGAAAUUGCCCGAAUUGUGGCCCGAUGUCUAUGGGAAGAGUCCCGCCUUCUCCAAACUGCCGCCACUGCAGCCCAGCAAGGGGGCCAGGCCAACCACCCCACAGCAGCUGUGGUGACGGAGAAGCAGCAGAUGCUGGAGCAGCACCUACAGGAUGUUCGGAAGAGAGUACAGGAUCUAGAACAGAAAAUGAAAGUGGUGGAAAAUCUCCAGGAUGACUUUGAUUUCAACUAUAAAACCCUCAAGAGUCAAGGAGACAUGCAAGAUCUAAAUGGAAACAACCAAUCAGUGACCAGGCAGAAGAUGCAGCAACUUGAACAGAUGCUGACUGCGCUGGACCAGAUGCGAAGAAGCAUUGUAAGUGAGUUGGCGGGGCUUUUGUCAGCGAUGGAGUAUGUGCAGAAAACUCUCACAGACGAAGAGCUAGCUGACUGGAAGAGGAGGCAACAGAUUGCUUGCAUUGGCGGCCCUCCCAACAUUUGCCUAGAUCGUCUAGAAAACUGGAUAACAUCGUUAGCAGAAUCUCAACUUCAAACCCGCCAACAAAUUAAGAAGUUGGAGGAAUUGCAGCAAAAAGUUUCCUAUAAAGGGGAUCCCAUUGUACAGCACCGGCCUAUGCUCGAGGAGAGAAUUGUAGAGUUAUUUAGAAACUUAAUGAAAAGUGCCUUUGUGGUUGAGCGGCAGCCCUGCAUGCCCAUGCAUCCUGACCGGCCCUUGGUCAUCAAGACUGGUGUCCAGUUUACUACUAAAGUCAGGUUGUUGGUCAAAUUCCCUGAGUUAAAUUAUCAGCUUAAAAUUAAAGUGUGCAUUGACAAAGAUUCUGGAGAUGUUGCAGCUCUGAGAGGAUCCCGGAAAUUUAACAUUCUGGGCACCAACACGAAAGUGAUGAACAUGGAAGAAUCCAACAAUGGCAGCCUCUCUGCAGAAUUCAAGCACUUGACCCUGAGGGAGCAAAGAUGUGGCAAUGGGGGCCGAGCAAAUUGUGAUGCCUCCCUGAUUGUGACCGAGGAGCUGCAUCUGAUAACCUUUGAGACUGAGGUGUAUCACCAAGGCCUCAAGAUUGACCUGGAGACCCACUCCCUGCCUGUUGUGGUGAUCUCCAAUAUUUGUCAGAUGCCAAAUGCCUGGGCUUCCAUCCUGUGGUAUAACAUGCUCACCAACAACCCCAAGAACGUGAACUUCUUCACCAAACCCCCGAUUGGAACCUGGGAUCAAGUAGCCGAGGUGCUGAGCUGGCAGUUCUCCUCCACCACAAAGAGAGGGCUGAGCAUUGAACAGUUGACAACGCUGGCAGAGAAACUCUUGGGACCUGGUGUGAACUACUCUGGUUGUCAGAUCACUUGGGCUAAAUUUUGCAAAGAAAACAUGGCAGGCAAGGGCUUCUCCUUCUGGGUCUGGCUGGACAAUAUCAUCGACCUUGUGAAAAAGUACAUCCUGGCCCUUUGGAAUGAAGGGUACAUAAUGGGCUUCAUCAGUAAGGAGCGAGAGCGGGCCAUCUUGAGCACCAAACCCCCAGGCACCUUCUUGCUACGAUUCAGUGAAAGCAGUAAAGAAGGGGGAAUCACGUUUACUUGGGUGGAGAAGGAUAUCAGCGGGAAGACACAGAUCCAGUCUGUGGAACCAUACACCAAGCAGCAGCUGAACAACAUGUCAUUUGCUGAAAUCAUCAUGGGCUAUAAGAUCAUGGAUGCCACCAACAUCCUAGUGUCUCCGCUGGUCUAUCUCUACCCUGACAUUCCUAAGGAGGAGGCAUUUGGAAAGUACUGCCGGCCCGAGAGCCAGGAGCACCCUGAAGCUGACCCAGGUAGUGCUGCCCCAUACCUGAAGACCAAGUUUAUCUGUGUGACACCAACGACCUGCAGCAAUACCAUUGACCUGCCGAUGUCCCCCCGCACUUUAGAUUCAUUGAUGCAGUUUGGAAAUAAUGGUGAAGGUGCUGAACCCUCAGCAGGAGGGCAGUUUGAGUCCCUCACAUUUGACAUGGACUUGACUUCGGAGUGCGCUACCUCUCCCAUGUGAGGGGCCCAGAACAGAAGCUGCAGAGAGAGAUGACCGAGGCACCCACCUGUGUUCUGCUGCCCCUUAAACAGCCAUGCCCCAAAUCAUCAGAAACUCCUACCUUGUCGUUCCAGUUUUGUGUGUGUUUUUUUUAAUUUCCUACUUUACUAUCAUGAGCAAUCUGGGCACUUUUAAAACUAGAGAGAAUG